UGUCUCUCUCUCUCUCUCUCUCUCUCUCUCUCUCUCUCGAUCGAUCGAUCGCGAGCUCGCGCGAACCAAAAAAUAGUAGUAUAAACUCCUCGUCAUCAUCGAGCCCAGUCUCUUUCGAUCUCGAUCUCGAUCUCGAUCAACUGCUGGAUCAUUCGCAUCAAUCCGAUCAAGGUUUAUGAUAUUGCAUUGCUUUGCCACACACCCUCACUGAUACAAAAUUUGAGUGAUGGCUGUUGCUUCAUCAACCAAUGCUGCUAGACUUAUCACUGCGAAAGAACAUGGCUUGAAUAUUUUUAACGAACAAACAAAAUACAGAUUUACUAAAUCAAGGUUUACUGGAUAUGAGAGGAAAAAUAAAAAGAUAUCGAUGGUCCUGAGCAGUAACGAUGUUGCUGUAAAGACAGAAAUAGAUUUUAAGGAUCCAAACUGGAAGCAGAAGUUCCAGGAAGAUUGGGAUAGACGGUUUAGUCUGCCACAUCUUCGCGAUAUUCUUGAUGUGACACCAAGGCCAACUACAUUCUCUCUUAAGAAAAGCAGAUUUUCUCAAGAGGAUGGUAAUGGUGUGCCUGCGGAGAUGUGGAAUGGUUAUGUAAAUGAUGAUGAUAGGGCACUUCUGAAGGUAAUAAAGUUCUCUUCACCUGAUUCUGCUGGUGCGGAGUGCAUUGAUCCUGAUUGUUCGUGGGUGGAGCAAUGGGUGCAUCGUGCGGGGCCCCGGAAGAAAAUCUAUUAUGAACCUGGGGAAGUAAAAGCUGCAAUAGUUACAUGUGGAGGGCUCUGUCCUGGUUUGAAUGAUGUCAUAAGGCAGAUAGUGUUCACGCUUGAAAUUUACGGAGUAAAGAAUAUUGUUGGAAUCCCAUUUGGUUAUCAUGGAUUUUUUGAUAAAAGUCUAAAAGAAAUGCCGCUUUCACGUCGAAUUGUUGAUAACAUAAAUCUUGCUGGAGGAAGUUUUCUUGGAGUUUCUCGUGGUGGGGCCGGCACCAGUGAAAUUGUUGAUAGCAUUCAGGCCAGAAGAAUUGAUAUGCUUUUUAUACUUGGUGGAGACGGAACACAUGCAGGGGCCAAUGCGAUACAUAAUGAGUGUCGUAAGAGGAAAUUGAAAGUGUCAAUUGUGGGUGUGCCAAAAACAAUUGACAAUGACAUACUUCUAAUGGAUAAGACAUUUGGUUUUGAUACGGCAGUAGAAGAAGCUCAAAGGGCUAUCAAUUCUGCAUAUAUAGAGGCGCAUAGUGCAUAUCAUGGCAUUGGAUUGGUGAAACAUAUGGGAAGACACAGUGGGUUCAUUGCCAUGCACGCCUCACUCUCUAGCGGGCAGAUUGAUAUCUGUUUGAUACCUGAGGUACCUUUUACAUUAGAUGGACCAAAUGGUGUCUUACGUCACCUUGAGCGUUUGAUAGAAAAGAAGGGAUUUGCUAUGGUUUGUGUUGCUGAAGGUGCAGGGCAAGAUUUGCUGCAGAAGUCAAAUGCAACAGAUGCAUCAGGAAAUGUGGUGCUUAGUGAUAUUGGUGUGCACAUUCAACAAAAGAUCAAAAAGCAUUUCAAGGAAAUUGGUAUUCCAGCUGAUGUGAAGUAUAUUGAUCCAACUUAUAUGGUCCGAGCUGUUCGUGCCAAUGCAUCUGAUGCAAUCCUCUGCACCGUACUUGGACAGAAUGCUGUUCACGGUGCAUUUGCCGGGUUCAGCGGCAUCACGACUGGCAUCUGCAACACCCACUACGUGUAUCUCCCCAUUCCGGAGGUUAUUGCUUCCACGAGGCGCGUUGACCCUAACAGCAGGAUGUGGCACCGGUGCCUCACUUCUACGGGCCAGCCCGACUUCCACUGACCUCUCAGGUCUUUCCGCCAACCAUUCCUAUAGUUCAUAUACUUCAUUUCCUCAGAUAGACGUGCAAGAAUGUCGCCAUUGGCAGAUAAUCGACAUAUUUAAAUAAGUCAUCUGUAUUCUACAAACAAGAUCCAGCAAGGCCUGAGUAACCAAGGUGUACAAUAUCUUGUAAUCAAAGCUGUAUUUUUUUUGGAUCGAAAGCGACUGUGGAUUACAACUUUUUUGUUGAAAGUGCUUCCCACUAUAGAAGAUCUCUGGCUUCUACAAGGCAAAGCAAUACUAAUAAUUCUUUUAUACUUCUCUAUAUA